AUGGCAGAUCAUAUUUUCAGCUCUGGGAGCCUGGUCCGAGCAGUUGGGUACUGUAAAUUUAAUUCUGCAGGUAGUGCCACAGAAACAGCUGGGACUUCAGGAGGUGGCCAUCUACACUGGGAACCCCAGUAUCAGCAGUCAGUGCCUAAUGGUAUGCCCAUCACUGUGGUCCUGCUCCCAAACCUCACUGGGCCCUGGAUCUCAACCAGGAACAGCGGGAACAGGGUUGUCCGCCAGCUCCCAGCGCUCAACAGUGGCUAUCCCAGGCCAUCACAUUUUCAGAGAAAAACGCUCUGCAUUGACUUCUGGACAGCAUCUCCCUUUAAGGAAAGAAGGAAAAGCGAGGGGCACCACACUCCGUCCCGCCUGGCUUGCAGUCUCGUCGUCCGCUCCGACGAGCACUACCCGUCUGUGCUGCCUUCCUGGCCAGCCCCGCCCCUGCACCUCGGUGGCCACUGGGUCAGCGCGAGCUGUGAAGCGAGGUCAGUGGCGCUGUUCCUCACAUGCUUCAGAUUUGAUGACCACCAGCGCUCCUGAGAAGGGUACUACCACCACCAUUCCUCUGACCCUGCCUGCCACCAGCCUACCUUCACAGCGUUUGCAGCUGGUCACUACUCCAACCCCAGGGUCCACGGUGGCACUGAGCUGAUGUUUGAGAUUACACGGGUCCAUGUGACCCCCAUGGACCAGGUCACUACAGACAUACUCAACUGCUCCAAGCCAAGCAGCUGUGGUGGCCCAGGGAUCUGGUCAGUAAGUACUGUGAGGGAUGUCACAGCCACCAAUGGGUGCCUGCCCUUGGGCAUCAGGCUCCCACAUGUAGAGUAUGAGCUGUUCAAAAAGGAACAAGACCCCCAUGGGCAGAGCUUGCUCUUCAUGGGACAGAGGCCCACAGAUGGAUCCAGUCCUGACACUUCUGAGAAACACCCUACCUCCUCCCACCCCACCCCCCUCUGCAAGAGGCAGGCCCAAGAAGCCCCCAGGCCCUCACAGAAAAGGCCUCCAAUGCAGAAGCUCCCCAUUGGGUGGGCACCAUAUCUUCCUGUCAGCUCUCUCCCCAUGCUACUCCUGCCUCAGGGACUGGCCCCCUUUGAAUGGCUAUGA